AUGAGAACAUUUAUUAAAUCAUGGAUUCCUCAGUGUUUGCGGAUUCUCAGGUCGCCUUGCAGAUUAUUCCAUGGAUGCAACAGGGUUCUUACAUCUCAGAUUAUUUCACAUUAUGACUCUAUAAACCAGUGUAAAAAGGAACUGCCAGAAUAUUUCAACUUCGCAAAUGAUGUCUUAGAUGAGUGGUCACAACUGGAAAAGGAUGGAAGACGACCAGCAAAUCCAGCUUUUUGGUGGGUAAAUGAUGAGGGAGAGGAAGUGAAAUGGACCUUUGAAGAGUUGGGAAUUCUGUCCAGGAAAGCAGCUAAUAUACUGUCCGAGGCAUGUGGUUUACAGCGAGGAGACAGGGUUAUAGCAGUUCUGCCUCGUGUUCCUGAAUGGUGGCUACUGAAUGUAGCCUGUAUCCGAACAGGAAUUGUCUUUAUUCCAGGAACAUCCCAAUUAACAGCCAAAGACAUCUUAUACCGACUCCAGGCUUCGAAGGCCAAGUGCAUCAUUACCAAUGAUACACUGGCACCUGCAGUGGAAUCUGUCAUGCCUGACUGCCAGUUUCUGAAAAGCAAACUAAUUGUAGCCAAAGGGAGCAGAGAUGGGUGGCUGAACCUCAAAGAACUCUUUGCGGUGGCAUCUGCUGACCAUAAAUGUGUCAAGACAAGGAGUCAAGACCCAAUGCUGAUCUAUUUUACUAGUGGAAGUACAGGCUCUCCAAAAAUGGUGGUGCAGUCCCACAGCAGUUACGGCAUCGGAUUUGCAACCAGUGCCAGGUACUGGAUGGACUUGACUCCUUCAGAUAUAAUGUGGAAUACCGCUGAUACUGGCUGGGUAAAAUCAGCUUGGAGCAGUGUUUUUGCACCAUGGAUCUGUGGAUCGUGUGUCUUUGUACACAAUAUGCCACAGUUUAAGCCAGCAGUUAUUGCAGAGACUCUCUCAAGAUACCCCAUCACUGCCUUUUGCACUGCUCCCACUGCCUUUCGCAUGCUGGUCCAACAUGAUUUGAGCAGCUACAAGUUCAUGAGUCUGAAACGCUGUUUGUCUGGAGGGGAACCACUCAAUCCUGAAGUGAUGGCAAAGUGGAAAAUCCAGACAGGGCUGGAUAUCCAUGAAGGUUAUGGCCAGACUGAAACGGUAACAAUAUGUGCCAAUAUGAAAGGAAUGGAAAUUAAACCUGGCUCUUUGGGAAAAGCUGUUCCCCCUUAUGAUGUGCAGAUCAUAGAUGACCAUGGGGCUAUUCUGCCUAGGGGAGAAGAAGGCCACAUUGGUGUCCGAAUUAAACCAAUGCGACCAUUCUGUCUGUUCUCCGAGUACUUGGAUAAUCCAGAGAAAACUGCUGCUUCUGUGUGUGGAAAUUUUUAUGUCACUGGGGACAGAGGGAUUAUGGAUGAAGAAGGAUAUGUCUCGUUUGUUGGAAGAUCUGAUGAUAUAAUUAAUUCUUCUGGGUAUCGUAUUGGCCCAUUUGAAGUUGAAAGUGCAUUAAUACAACACCCUGCAGUCUCAGAGUCAGCUGUUGUCAGCAGUCCUGAUCCAAUUCGAGGGGAGGUAGUCAAAGCCUUCAUUGUUUUAGCUCCUGCUUUUGUAUCACACGAUCCAGAAAAAUUAACUCAUGAGCUUCAGCAACAUGUCAAGAAGGUGACUGCACCUUACAAGUAUCCGAGGAAGGUGGAGUUUGUUCAGGAUCUGCCAAAGACGGCUACUGGGAAAAUCCAGAGAAAGGUUCUGAGGAACAAAGAGUGGGGAAGAGUAUAACAUGAUCUGGAAACUGAGGAGAGAAAAUUUCCAUCAUCCACACCAGCCAUAGCACAUCACAGUUGGCAUGUGGUCAUGUCCCAGAGCACUAGGAGAACAUAUGGAAAAACAAGCUACGGGGGAAAAAAAGGAGAUAACACUCUUAUGGCUUGAGGAUGUGUGGUAUUAGAACCACUUUUGCCAUCGACCUACAAAUUUUCAGAAGGGAGAAGGUGCAAGUAAUUAAGAAUGAGGAAUGGG